AUGAGUCUGAACAACACUUUGAGUUUGAAAAUAGUGCGUGGAGAGGAGAUCCGAAAGUUACAUCGUCUCCCUCAAUCAUGGUCUGACAUGCAGGAAGUCCUGCGGGCCCUUUAUGGUAACACUCAGUUCCAAGUCACCUAUCAAGACGAAGAAGGCGACUUAAUUACAAUUUCCAAUGAUGAAGAACUCCAUGAAGCUUAUGAAAGGUCAGCUGGCAAGCCAAGUCUCAAGCUUGUACUAAGAGGCUUUGAGCUUAGCGAAAGCAAGAACAUUCAGAUGAUAGAAAAGCUGGACUCUUUGAGAGAAAGUCUUAGAUCAGAUACUUCAUCAGUAAAAUUGCCAGAAACCUCUCAAAGCCCAAUGGAUUUAGAAAUCUCAAAUGAAAACAAGCCGGAAGAGCCAGUCAAAGUGGAGGAAAAGCCUGAGGAAACUAAAAGAGAAGUAAGAUUUGAUAUCCCGAAUGAGCCGAAAAAGAGACCUAGAGAGAAAAAGGAAAGAAAGGAAAAGAAAGAAAAGAGAGAAAAAAAAGAAAAGAAAGAAAAGAGAAAGAAAUUCGGCCUCAAUGACUUGAUUAAGUUCUUAUCAGGACAAGCUCCUCAACAAGCAGAAGAACCUCAAAAUGAAGGCCCAGCAAUUCACAACAGAAUCACCUGUGACGGCUGCCAAACUACUCCAAUUCAAGGAAUCAGAUACAAAUGUUCAGUCUGCCCUGACUUCGACUUCUGUGAAAAAUGUGAAGCCACUGCUGCUCACCCCCAUCCAUUUUUGAAGCUCAAAACCCCUCAAGGCUGCCCAUGGAGAAGAUUUGGCUGUGGCAGAUUUGGCCGCUGGGGUGGCUUCAAUGGCCAAGAUGCCCCACAAAUUCCUCCUCCAAUUGCCAACAUUUUGACCUUAGUCCUCAAAGAAAUCCGCAGAGGUCUAAAGCAGAAGCCUAAGAAGUACAAGCUUAAGGUCAUUGACCACUUAUACACUAAAAACCAAGAAGUCCCUGCUGGAGGCCUUGUCAAAGUUGGCUGGAGAAUUAAGAAUAUCGGUAAAAAAGAUUGGCCAGAAGGAACCAAGCUCGUCUAUACUAAAGGCAGCUUAGAAGGGAUCCAAGAAAUUGAUAUCCCUGCACUUCCAGCUGGAAAAAAGGCAAAUAUUGAGGUGGAAUUCAAAGCUCCAUUGACAGAAGGCAAGCAUAAAGGAAUCUGGAAAGUCCAAAUCAAGAACAAGAAGCUAGGCAAGCUGGCCAGCAAAAUCAAUGUGGUCAAGGUCCAACCUGACGACUUAGAAGGCUUAACCACUCUUAUGAAGAUGGGCUUUACCCUUGAUCAAGCCAAGAUCGGGUUAGAAGCUUCUAGAGGAGACGUCAACAUGGCUGUUUCCCAGAUCUUCAAGAGAGCUUAA